GUGUUCAAAGUUCAGGUGUACAGGUGUUCAGAUUUCAGACGCCAUUUUAACUGUCGGAGCAGAAGGAAGGAAACUGAAGACUGAGGCAGACUGACUGAAGUCCUGAAGAUGAGUGUUUGUGUGGAGGAAGAGGAGGACAGAGCAGAGUCUCCAGGAUCCAUCUGUCCGUCUAUGAGGAGUGACUGGUCCAAAGAGCUUAACCCUCCAGACUUCAGUACUGAACCUGGACCCUCAGACUCACAAGGUCAGAUCCACAGACUGAGAGCAGAGUCUCCAGGAUCCAUCUGUCCGUCUAUGAAGAGUGAUGGGUCCAAAGAGCUUAACCCUCCAGACUUCAGUACUGAACCUGGACCCUCAGACUCACAAGAGAAGAGGAGAGGUGUCUCUGUGGAGGAGCAGCUGUCCAGCUGUGCUCUGUGUCAGGACGUCCUGAAGGAUCCAGUCUCUACCAGCUGUGGACACUGGUUCUGCAGAAAGUGCUUCACCUCAUACUGGGACCAGUCUGGUUCUUCAGGAGACUCCUCCUGUCCCCAGUGUGGACAAAGACCCAGAACAAGACCUGGACUGCAGACAGCCAGUCAGACCAGCACUGAACAAACAGAUAGUGGUCUGCAGGAGGUUUUACAUCAACAUAAGAUCAGUCUGAGGAGCAGAUGUGAACAUGUGACUGAAGGAACUGAUGGAACAGGAAGUGGAACCCUCCUCAACAGGAUCUACACUGAGCUCCACAUCACAGAGGGACAGAGUGAAGAGGUUAAUACCCAACAUGAGGUGAGGCAGCUGGAGACAACUUCCAGGAAGAAGACCCUCCAUGAUGCUCCAAUCAGGUGCCACGACAUCUUUAAAGUCUUACCUGACCAACAGAGAGAAGACAGACCCAUCAGAGUGGUUCUGACCAACGGCGUCGCUGGCAUUGGAAAAACCCUCUCAGUGCAGAAGUUCUCUCUGGACUGGGCAGAGGGCUUGGAGAACCAAGAUGUCAGUCUGCUGGUUCUGCUUUCGUUCAGGGAGCUGAACCUGAUCAGAGAUCAGCAGUACAGUCUUCUCAGGCUGCUCCAUGUUUUCCAUCCAACAUUACAGAAGGUCACAGCAGAGCAGCUUGCUGUCUGUAAAGUUCUGUUCAUCUUUGACGGCCUGGAUGAAAGCAGACUGUCACUGGAUUUCAACAACAGGAAGUCUGUGUGUGAUGUCACACAGGAGUCAUCAGUCAACGUGCUGCUGACAAACCUCAUCAGGGGGAAUCUGCUUCCCUCGGCUCUCGUCUGGAUAACUUCCAGACCUGCGGCGGCCAAUCAGAUCCCUCCUACAUGUGUGGACAGGGUAACAGAAGUACGAGGCUUCACUGAUGCCCAGAAGGAGGAGUACUUCAGGAGGAGAUCCAGUGAUGAAGAGCUGUCCAGCAGAAUCAUCUCACACAUCAAGACGUCCAGGAGCCUCCACAUCAUGUGUCAAGUCCCAGUCUUCUGCUGGAUCACUGCUACAGUUCUGGAGCACAUGUUGACCACAGACCAGAGAGGAGAGCUGCCCCAGACCCUGACUGACCUGUUCUCACACUUCCUGCUGGUUCAGACACAGAGGAAGAAGAACAAGUACCAUGAGGGACGUGAGACGAGUCCACAGGAGCUGACGGAGGCUGACGGGGAAGUUCUUCUGAAGCUGGGGAGGCUGGCGUUUGAACAUCUGGAGAAAGGAAACAUCAUGUUCUACCAAGAAGACCUGGAGCAGUGUGGUCUUGAUGUCACAGAGGCCUCGGUGUACUCAGGACUUUGUACUGAGAUCUUCAGAAGAGAGAGUGUGAUCUUCCAGAAAACAGUCUACUGCUUUGUUCAUCUGAGCGUUCAGGAGUUUCUGGCUGCAGUCUACAUGUUCCACUGUUACACCAACAGGAAGACAGAGGUCCUGGAGAACUUCCUGGGGAAACAACAUGUUGAUUUAACCCUGGAUGACUUCCUGAGGUUAGCCAUGGAGAAAUCUCUCCAAAGUAAAAAUGGUCACCUGGACCUGUUUGUUCGCUUCCUUCAUGGCCUCUCUCUGGAGUCCAACCAGAGGCUCUUAGGAGGUCUGCUGGGUCAGAGAGAGAACAGUCCAGAAACCAUCCAGAGAGCCAUCAACAACCUGAAGAAGAUGAACAGAGGUGAUAUCUCUCCUGACAGAAGCAUCAACAUCUUCCACUGUCUGAUGGAGAUGAAGGAUCACUCAGUUCAUCAGAAGAUCCAAGAGUUCCUGAAGUCAGAGAACAGAUCAGAGAAGAACCUCUCUGAGAUCCAGUGCUCAGCUCUGGCCUACAUGCUGCAGAUGUCAGAGGAGGUUCUGGAGGAGUUGGACCUGGAGAAGUACAACACAUCAGAGGAGGGACGACGGAGACUGAUCCCAGCUGUGAGGAACUGCAGAAAAGCUCGACUUGGUAGUUGUCGACUCUCAGAGACUCACUGUGAAGUCGUGGCCUCAGCUCUGAAGUCCAACCCCUCCCAUCUGAGAGAACUGGACCUGAACUACAACAAGCUGCAGGAUUCAGGAGUGAAGCUUCUGUCUGCUGGACUGGAGAGUCCAAACUGUAGACUGGAGACUCUGAGGUUGAAGAACUGCAGUUUGUCAGAGAUCAGCUGUUCUUCUCUGGCCUCAGCUCUGAAGUCCAACCCCUCCCACCUGAGACACCUGGACCUGAGUCACAACGACCUGCAGGAUUCAGGAGUGAAGGGUCUGUGUGGUUUUCUGGAGAGUCCAGACUGUCGACUGGAGACUCUGAGAUUGUGGAACUGCAGUUUGUCAGAGAUCAGCUGUUCUUCUCUGGCCUCAGCUCUGAAGUCCAACCCCUCCCACCUGAGAGAACUGGACCUGAGCAACAACAACCUGCAGGAUUCAGGAGUGAAGGAGCUGCAUGAUCUCAUGGAGAGUCCAGACUGUAGACUGGAGACUCUGAGACUUGGUGGUUGUGAACUCUCAGAGUCUCACUGUGAAGUCGUGGCCUCAGCUCUGAAGUCCAACCCCUCCCAUCUGAGAGAACUGGACCUGAGUAGAAACGACCUGCAGGAUUCAGGAGUGAAGCUUCUGUCUGCUGGACUGGAGAGUCCAAACUGUGGACUGGAGACUCUGAGAAUGGAGGGCUGCAGUUUGUCAGAGAUCAGCUGUUCUUCUCUGGCCUCAGCUCUGAAGUCCAACCCCUCCCACCUGAGAGAACUGGACCUGGGCAACAACAACCUGCAGGAUUCAGGAGUGAAGGGUCUGUGUGGUUUUCUGGAGAGUCCAGACUGUCGACUGGAGACUCUGAGAUUGAUGAGCUGCAGUUUGUCAGAGAUCAGCUGUUCUUCUCUGGCCUCAGCUCUGAAGUCCAACCCCUCCCACCUGAGAGAACUGGACCUGAGCGACAACAAGCUGCAGGAUUCAGGAGUGAAGGGUCUGUGUGGUUUUCUGGAGAGUCCAGACUGUCGACUGGAGACUCUGAGAUUGUGGAACUGCAGUUUGUCAGAGAUCAGCUGUUCUUCUCUGGCCUCAGCUCUGAAGUCCAACCCCUCCCACCUGAGAGAACUGGACCUGAGCAACAACAACCUGCAGGAUUCAGGAGUGAAGGAGCUGUUUGAUCUUGUGAAGAGUCCAGACUGUCGACUGGAGACUCUGAGCUGGAGGUGAUCUGUCUACAGAGAGUGAAGAGGAGAGGAGAGCUUCAUCCAGCAGUGACUGACAGGAAUCAGAAGAAGUGGAGAUGACUCUCAGUGCUGAAACACACACUUCCUGUUUGUGUUGCUCUCAACAGUCUGAGCUUCACAAAGAGGGACUUUCAGUGUAAAAUGACUUUAACUCUGAAGCUGAGUUUGACUCAAACGGUUGAAGCCUCGUGUUCUUCAGCUGAACUUUAGGAGAUAUUAUUGUAGGAGGAACAUGUUGUUGUUAUCCUCCAUCUCUUCAUCAACGCUGUGACCAACAGCUCUGUCAGUGUGUAAAUAGACGUGACGUGUUUUCAGACAGGCUGUCCAUUAUAAUGUAGAGUCAACAAGUAUCAUUGGUCGUGUUGGAGGAAAACAUGUUAAAGGACUGUAAAAGAAAAGGCAAAUAUCUGGACUUUAUCAUUUAUUUAUCUCUGGAUCUCUUGAGUCCUCUGAAGCUAAACGCCAAGCUUGGAGGAGAGAGGAUUUACAGGAAGACAUUUCAUUUGAGGAGUGGGAAGGAGCUUGUAAAAAAGCUCAAACACAAACAGCAAACACCCGCCUCAGACUUUUGCAGUACAACUGGCUGAUGCGCACAUAUAUUACCCCAGAAAAGCUGAACACAUUUAAAAGUAACAUUCCUGAUUUGUGUUUUAAAUGUAGACAGUCCAAAGGAACAUUUUUACACUGUGUGUGGGAAUGUGACAAGAUAAGAAGGUUCUGGGAAGAGCUGAAUUAUAUGAUAGAAGAGAUUUUAUCUGUACAAUUAAUAUUGUUCUUUUCAGGUUGUUUCCCUAAAGAACAUCAUUUAGGAAGAAAGAGCAGAUCCUUAUUGAUCUAUGUUUGUCACAAGCAAAACAGAUGAUAGCACUGUCUUGGAAAAGUGUCCAUAGACCAAGUGUUGGUAAAUGGUUCAAGGAAUUGUCUGUAUGUAUUUUUUUUGUUUGUUUUUUAUUUUGCUUAUUAUUAUUUCUCUCUUCUCCUUUAAUUUAUCUGUAUUUCUCCUGAGCUUAUCUACUGUCUGACUUAUGUACUGGUUGUUUGAAAAAGUAAUGAGUGUUUCAAAAAAACAAGUGGAAUUGGUUUAAUUCAUCUUUAAUUAACCGACUUCAAAUCAUCCUUUAUGGUAAAUAAUGUGUUUUAUAUUUACUUCCUGUUCUUACAGCCUGAUCUGUGACUGAUGUUUAGUUCACCUGUUUUUAUAGCAGAAUAAUAAUUCACUGUAAAUUCAAAUGUAACUUUAUUUUAUCACAAUAAAAAGACAGUGAAGGAGGCA